GAGCGACCGUUGCCGAGCGAAAUCAAUUUCAACUGAACAAGCGAGCGGAGCUGACGCUAGUGAGAGAGGCGAUUCCAGUGUGAAUUUGAACAAUUUUUAUCAGAAAGAACUACAGAGAUCACCAAUAAACAUGCCUGAAGAAACUCAAGAUGUUGAGACCUUUGCCUUCCAGGCUGAGAUUGCUCAGUUGAUGAGCUUGAUCAUCAACACCUUCUACUCCAACAAAGAAAUCUUUCUUCGUGAGUUGAUUUCCAACUCUUCAGAUGCUUUGGACAAAAUCCGUUAUGAAUCUCUUACCAACCCAUCCAAGUUGGAUGCUUGCAAAGAAUUGUUCAUCAAAAUCAUCCCGAACAAGAGCGAGGGAACUUUGACCAUCAUUGACACUGGUAUUGGUAUGACCAAGGCUGAUUUGGUUAACAAUCUGGGUACCAUUGCCAAAUCUGGAACCAAGGCCUUCAUGGAAGCUCUGCAAGCUGGAGCUGAUAUCUCUAUGAUUGGUCAAUUUGGUGUUGGUUUCUACUCUGCAUACCUUGUAGCUGACAAAGUUACUGUAAUGUCCAGGAACAAUGAUGAUGAACAGUACAUUUGGGAAUCCUCUGCUGGUGGUAGCUUCACCGUUUGCGUUGAUCAAGGAGAACCCUUGGGUCGCGGUACUAAGAUUAUUCUCCACAUUAAGGAAGAUCAAACUGAAUUUUUGGAAGAAGAGAAGAUCCGCGAAAUCGUCAAGAAGCACUCUCAAUUCAUUGGUUACCCAAUCAAGUUGCUCGUAGAGAAGGAACGUGAAAAGGAAUUGAGCGAUGAUGAAGCUGAGGAAGACAAGAAAGAGGAUGAAGCUGAAAACAAGGAUGAGCCCAAGAUUGAAGAUGUAGGUGAAGAUGAAGAGGAAGACAAGGAUAAGAAGGAAAAGAAGAAGAAGACCAUCAAGGAAAAAUACACUGAAGAUGAAGAAUUGAACAAGACCAAGCCAAUUUGGACUCGUAAUGCUGAUGACAUCAGCCAAGAAGAGUAUGGUGAGUUCUACAAAUCUCUCACCAACGACUGGGAAGAUCAUUUAGCUGUAAAGCACUUCAGCGUUGAGGGCCAACUUGAAUUCCGUGCCCUCCUCUUCGUACCAAAACGCGUACCAUUCGAUCUUUUCGAAAACAAGAAGCGCAAGAACAACAUCAAAUUGUACGUACGUCGUGUGUUCAUCAUGGAUAACUGCGAAGAACUCAUCCCAGAAUACCUUAACUUCAUGAAGGGUGUUGUUGACAGCGAGGAUCUUCCAUUGAACAUUUCCCGUGAAAUGUUGCAACAAAACAAAAUCCUUAAGGUAAUCAGGAAGAAUCUGGUUAAGAAAUGCAUGGAACUCUUUGAUGAACUUGCUGAAGAUAAGGAAGGAUACAAGAAGUUCUAUGAACAAUUCUCCAAGAACAUGAAAUUGGGUAUCCAUGAAGACUCCCAAAACAGAGCAAAGAUCGCUGAAUUACUCCGUUACCACACUUCUGCCAGUGGUGAUGAAGCAUGCUCCCUCAAGGAGUAUGUGAGCCGCAUGAAGGCCAACCAAAAGCACAUUUAUUACAUCACUGGUGAGAGCAAGGAACAAGUUUCGAACUCUUCCUUUGUUGAAUGCGUUAAGAAACGUGGAUUCGAAGUCGUUUACAUGACUGAGCCAAUUGAUGAAUAUGUUGUGCAACAAAUGAAAGAAUAUGAUGGAAAGCAAUUGGUUUCUGUAACCAAGGAAGGACUUGAACUCCCAGAGGAUGAGGAUGAGAAGAAGAAGCGCGAAGAAGAUAAGGAGAAAUUCGAAGGUCUUUGCAAGGUCAUGAAGACUAUUUUGGACAACAAGGUUGAAAAGGUUGUUGUCUCCAACCGUCUCGUCGAAUCUCCAUGCUGCAUUGUUACUUCUCAAUAUGGCUGGACCGCCAACAUGGAGCGUAUCAUGAAGGCUCAAGCUCUCCGUGACACUUCCACCAUGGGAUACAUGGCUGCCAAGAAGCAUUUGGAGAUCAACCCAGAUCACGCCAUCAUGGAUAACCUCCGUGAAAAGGUUCAGGCUGAUAAGAACGACAAGUCCGUCAAGGAUUUGGUUAUGCUUCUUUUCGAGACCUCUUUGUUGAGCUCUGGAUUCACCCUGGAUGAACCACAAGUCCAUGCUUCCAGGAUCUACAGAAUGAUCAAGCUUGGUCUUAGCAUUGAUGAAGAAGAUAUGGUUACUGAAGAUUUGCCAGCUGGCGACGCCCCAGUCAUUGAAGAAACCGAAGAUUCUUCCCGCAUGGAGGAAGUAGAUUAAAUUAAAUCUCUUUCAUUAAUCAACCAAUUUUCUAACCAUGUUUUCCUCUUAGGACAUGUGUUCUAAUAUGUUCUCAUUCCCUUAUACGCUUUUUAUUUUUUCAUUUUGUACAUAAUUUAUAAUCUUAUUUUGAUACAAGUAUUAUUUAGCCAUGGUUAUCUUACACAUUACAAACCAUAGAUAGCGAAGUGUGGUCUAUGUUUCAAAACAAGUUAACAUAUAAAAUGAGAAAUAAUGUGUGAAAAACUCUGUACUGAUUUUGUUUCCAAAUAAAUUCAAAUAGAAAUAA